AUGGAUAUAUAUCUGAAAGCUAAUCAGCUUUUGCUCUACGUCUUCGGCUCUCUUUCUUCCUUCUCACUAGCCGUCAAAAGUCCAGCUUAUUUACAAGGAAAUAUCCGGGAUAACUAUCCAAUUUUCAUUCUAGCGUGGAUCGAAAUAUACCUGAAGAGUACAGACAGGCUUAAUAGCAUGAAUAAGCGAGAAAUGUAUUUGAGCCACCAGUUUAUUCUAAGAAAAGUUCAGGCAAAUAUGGCAGUUCGUGGGUGGACUGAAUGA